AUGGAUAAGAAUUCAGUUAACAAAGAUAGUGAAGAAAAAGACGAAAGACACAAGAUUGAGGUUGUAGACGAUACAAAUCCUGACUUCAUCACUGCAGAUUCGGAACUGACACAAGAUCUGCCUGAUGAUGUAGAGGUUAUUGACUUGGUCCAUCUAAAAAUCAAAUCGUUAGAAGAUUUGAACCUUUAUAGGUUCAAGAAUUUGAAACAAUUAUGUCUCAGACAGAACCUGAUCGAAAGCAUAAGCGAAGUGGAAGUUUUACCCCAUGACAAGAUUGUUGACCUUGAUUUUUACGAUAACAAAAUUAAACAUAUCUCCUCUAAUGUUAAUAAGCUCACCAAAUUAACGUCUCUAGACCUGUCGUUUAACAAGAUCAAGCACAUCAAAAAUCUAGAAAAUUUGACUGAUCUGGAGAAUUUAUACUUCGUGCAGAACAGCAUUUCCAAAAUUGAAAAUCUGUCCACUUUGAAAUCACUGAAAAACUUAGAAUUAGGUGGUAAUAAGGUUCAUUCUAUUGAACCCGAUUCCUUCGAAGGUCUGUCAAACUUGGAAGAAAUUUGGUUGGGUAAAAAUUCCAUACCAAGACUUAUUAACUUACAUCCUUUAAAGAAUUUGAAGAUAUUGUCCAUCCAAUCUAAUAAAUUAAAAAAAAUUGAAAAUCUAGAAGAGUUGACCAAUCUUGAAGAGCUCUAUCUGUCACAUAAUUUCAUCACCAAGAUUGAAGGUCUAGAGAAAAACCUAAAACUAACUACUUUGGACGUGACCUCCAACAAAAUUACCUCCCUGGAAAACUUGAACCACCUGUCAAAUUUAACUGACAUAUGGGCCUCCUUUAACAAGAUAGAUCAAUCCUUUGAGAGCUUGGGUGAAAACCUGUCCGCCCUAUCACGCUUGGAGACCAUUUAUCUGGAGGGAAACCCUAUUCAACUGGAAAAUAAGACUUCGUAUAGAAGAAAACUGACUAUGAACUUACCUCCAUCCCUACAGAAGAUUGAUGCGACAUAUAUAAGAGGCUGA